AUGCGCGACCAGCGUCGGCAACUUCCGCAAGCGAUUGAGGAAGAAGUGAUCGAUCGAGCAAACGCCACUCCGUACGGUCUCUCGGCUUGUGUCUUCUCAGCGCUCAGCGAUGAACUCCACAACACGGCUAGUCAGCUGAGAGUAGGCACUGUUUGGUGCAAUACCUGGCUUACACGUGACCUAAACAUGCCUUUUGGUGGCACAAAGCAAUCGGGAAUGGGCCGCGAAGGAGCGACUGAUUCUUUUCAUUUCUUUACGGAACAAAAAACGAUUUGUAUUGCGCCUCAA